AUGGCAAGAACCAUGUACGCUUCUUUGUUUGUGAUUCUAGCUGUGAUGGCCAUAGUCAUCACAAGCAAUGUUGAGAAAUGUGAUGCUGCUGCAAGACGUCGUAUAUUACAGUUUCCUACUAUACCGGCCGCUUUGCCGAAGCCAAGUUUUCCACCACUACCAUCCCUUCCAACUAUUCCAACCAUACCUAAAUUAUCGAUUCCUCUGUUGCCGAAUUGGUUUCCGUCUAGCUUUCCGAACAUCCCUUACAUUCCCAGUUUCCUUGCUCCCCCACCUUCUAACUGA